AAAGAAGAGGUUCAACUGAAACCAGUGAAAAAGGAGAAGCCAGUUGAAGAAGCUGUACCCGAAGAACAUAAAUGGCCCACUGGCAAGAGGCGUCCUAAGGAAGAGGAGCUCAAAGAAGAAGUAAUACUGAAGCCAGUUCCGAAGCAAAAGGUGCCGGAAGAGGAGAAACCAGAAGAGGUUCAACUUAAACCAGUGAAAAAGGAGAAGCCAGUUGAAGAAGCUGUACCUGAAGAACGUAAAUGGCCUACAGAAAGAAGGCGCCCUAAGGAGGAAGAACCCAAGGAAGAAGUAAUACUGAAGCCUAUUCCGAAGCAAAAGGUGCCAGAGGAAAAAAAGCCAGAGGAAGUUCAACUCAAACCAGUGAAAAAGGAGAAGCCAGUUGAAGAAGCUUUACCCGAAAAACGUAAAUGGCCCGCUGGUAAAAGGCGCCCUAUGGAGGAAGAACCCAAAGAAGAAGUCAUUCUGAAGCCAGUUCCGAAGCAAAAGGUGCCAGAGGAAGAGAAACCAGAAGAGGUUCAACUCAAACCAGUGAAAAAGGAGAAGCCAGUUGAAGAAGCUGUACCCGAAGAACAUAAAUGGCCUACUGGCAAGAGGCGCCCUAAGGAAGAGGAACCCAAAGAAGAAGUAAUUUUGAAGCCUGUUCCGAAGCAAAAGGUGCCUGAGGAAGAGAAACCAGAAGAGGUUCAACUUAAACCAGUGAAAAAAGGACACCAGCUGAAGCUGUACCCGAGGAACGUAAAUGGCCCACUGGAAAGAGGCGCCCUAAGGAAGAGGAACCCAAAGAAGAAGUAAUACUGAAGCCAAUUCCGAAGCAAAAGGUGCCAGAGGAAGAGAAACCAGAACAAGUUCAACUUAAACCAGUGAAAAGGGAGAAGCCAACUGAAGAAACUGUACCUGAAGAACGUAAAUGGCCCACAGGCAGAAGGCACCCUAAGGAGGAAGAACACAAG